ACAGGUUGAACACACUGUUGUCGGAUAGGGUUUUGUUCAAUCCACCUGGCGAGAGGCGCCGACGGGACGCAACAAGGCGAGAAAAGCGCGUUGCGUUCGAGCCCGAGACGUUUGCUCUUUCUCUUGAUAUUAAUAGGAACGGGCGUCUGUGCGCUUUUUUUUCUUAGGGUGAAACAUUAACUUGAUGACUCGAGCCACAGUUUACCGAGGAACAGACAUGAGGAGCUGAGCCGCGGCGCAGAGGAGUGCGCGUCCGCGGACGGAAAAAAGCGUCCCACAGGUGUUUUUGUCCUCUCACGUUUUCAAGUCAUUUCAACUGGAAAGAGAAAAAAACGCUGAGUUGCGAUCAUGCUGGGAGCAGAAAGCAGACUGGAGAGCCAGCUGAAGAAGCUGGAGUCCCUAAUGAGGAACCAACAGUCGGCGCUCAACUUUGAGACUCUUCUGGAUUCCGUGAAUGCACUGGCUCAUGAUUUGAACUAUCCUGUCCUGCGGAAAAACAAAAACAUCGAGGCAUUUCUGAGCAGAUAUGAAAAGUUGGUGACUCAGCUGCGAGAGCUGCAGGUUAAGGCUGAGGACUUUGAAAAAGUGAAGCUGAUCGGGAGAGGAGCCUAUGGAGAAGUGCAGCUGGUCCGCCACAAGGCCUCUCAGAAGGUUUACGCCAUGAAGCAGCUCAACAAGUUUGAGAUGAUCAAGCGAUCCGAUUCCGCCUUCUUCUGGGAGGAGAGGCACAUCAUGGCCUUUUCCAACAGCCCCUGGAUCGUCCAGCUUUGCUGUGCUUUCCAAGAUGAUCGCCGUCUGUAUUUGGUGAUGGAAUUCAUGCCAGGAGGAGACCUGGUCACUCUCACCAUGAACUAUGACAUCCCUGAGAAAUGGGCCCGUUUUUACACAGCUGAGGUUGUGUUGGCCCUGGACGCCAUCCACUCCAUGGGCUUCAUCCACCGCGAUGUGAAACCUGACAACAUGCUGCUGGACCAACACGGACACCUGAAACUGGCUGACUUUGGCACGUGCAUGAAGAUGGACACGGAGACUGGUAUGGUGCACUGUGACACAGCUGUAGGGACACCAGACUACAUCUCCCCUGAGGUGCUCCAGUCUCAGGGUGGUGACGGCUACUACGGCCGAGAGUGCGACUGGUGGUCUGUUGGAGUUUUUAUCUAUGAGAUGCUAGUUGGUGAAACCCCUUUCUAUGCCGAGUCCCUCAUCGGAACAUAUGGGAAGAUUAUGAACCACCAGAACUCGCUUGUCUUCCCGGAGGCUGUUGCAAUGUCUCAGGAUGCCAAAAAUCUCAUCUGUGCCUUUCUUACUGACAGGAAGGUUCGUCUGGGCCGGAGUGGAAUUGAUGAAAUAAAGCGUCACCCUUUCUUCAAGAACGACCAGUGGACCUUUGACAACAUCCGUGAGACUGUGGCCCCAGUUGUGCCAGAGCUGCACGGUGACAUAGACACCAGUAACUUUGAUGACAUAGAAGAGAACAAAGGAGAUGUUGAGACUUUUCCUCCACCCAGAGCUUAUGUGGGCAAUCAGCUACCAUUUAUCGGUUUCACUUAUUUCAAGGAAGAUCAGCUGCUGAGAGCAGCCAGCAGCAGCUCUGCUGAGGAUUCAGAGGACUGUAAGAAAAACUCUGAGGACAAGGAAAACGGCAUAGACAGUAAGAAAGACGAGUUGCAGAAAAAGCUUCAUCAGUUGGAGGAGCAACUCGACCAUGAGAUGCAGGCCAAAGAUGAGCUGGAUCAAAAGUGCAAAAAUGCCACCAACCGUUUAGACAAGCUGGUUAAAGAAUUAGAUAAGGAGAUGAACAGCAGGCAGAGAGUUGAGGCCUCGCUCAGGCAGCUGGAGCGAGAGCGCGUGCUGUUGCAGCACCAGAGCGCCGACAGCCUCCGCAAGGUGGAGAUCGAAGCCGACAGGAAACGGAGCUUGGAGAAUGAAUUGAACAACCUGAGGGACCAGUUAGAAGAUUUGAAGAAGAGGAACCAGCACUCGCAGAUCUCCAAUGAAAAGAACAUUCAGCUGCAAAAACAACUGGAAGAGGUCAACGCUAUACUUCAGACUGAGCAGGAGACAGCAGCGCGGCUGAAGAAAAGUCAGGCAGAGGCACAGAAACAAGCCCAGAGUCUCGAAGUCAGCCUCAAGGAGAUGCAGGAAAAAUGCAGCCAACUGGAAAACAGCAAGAUGGAGUUGAAGAAACAUCUGAAGGAGCUGCAGGCCGAACUGGAGGAAGAGAGAAGAGACCGCAACCUCGGGACAGAAACUAUUACUGAUUUGCAAGGUCGAAUCUCUGGCCUAGAAGAGGAGGUGAAAGAUGUAAAAUCAUCUCUUUCCAAGGUCCAAACUGAAAGGAAAGAGCUGCAACUGAAACUCACUGAUCUGGAAAAGGAAAAGAGCAAUCAAGAGAUUAACAUGACGUUCAAACUCAAGUCGCUCCAGCAGAGUUUGGAGCAAGAGGAGGCAGAACAUAAAGCCACCAAAGCCAAACUUGCUGAUAAAAACACAAUCUACCAGUCCAUUGAGGAGGCAAAGUCUGAGGCCUUAAAAGAGGUGGAAUGCACGCUGCAGGAGGAGCGCAGCUUGAAGCUGCAGGUGGACGGAAAGCUGCUGCAGCUUGAGAAGGAUUACUCCAUGCUGGACUGUGACUACAAGCAGGCGCUGCACAGAGUGGAAGAGCUGCAGGCACAGAAGGACAAUCUAUCUGAAGAGGUAAUGCAGGUCACUUUGCGUCUGGAGCAGGAGAUGUACAAGCGGAAACUGAGCCAAAGCGAGCUGAAAAAGCAGAGCCAGCAGUUGUCUGUGCUCCGCUCCUCAGAGAAACGGCUCCAGCAGGAGAUUAACCAACUGCAGGACAUGAAGCAGAUCCAGGAGAAACAGAACCAGGAGCUGAGCAGGGAAAAGCAGGAGGCUGACUGCCAUUUAAAGGAGCUGAAGGACCAGCUGGAAGCAGAGCAGUAUUUCACAACCCUUUACAAGACUCAGAUCCGUGAGCUCAAAGAUGAGUGUGACGAGAAGAAUAAACUGUACAAAGACGCAAAGCAGCGGCUGGCUGAAUAUCAGGAGGAGAGGGAUUCUCUGGCAACCCAGCUGGAAACCAGCUUGACCAAAGCAGAUUCUGAGCAGCUGGCUCGCUCCAUCGCUGAGGAGCAGUACUCCCUUCUGGAGAAGGAAAAGAUUAUGAAAGAACUGGAGAUCAAAGACAUGAUGGCGAGACAUAAACAGGAGCUCGGCGACAAGGAGGCCACCAUCAGCUCGCUGGAGGAGUCCAACCGCACCCUGACAGUGGAUGUAGCCAACCUGGCCAGCGAGAAAGAAGAGCUGAACAACCAGCUGAAAGACAUGCAGCAGCAACUCCAGAAGGCCAAAGAGGAGGAGAAGCACAUGAACAGUUUGAAAGAUUCUUUUGAGAAGCAACUGCAGAAUGAAAGGACACUAAAAAUUCAGGCUGUGAACAAGCUGGCGGAGGUGAUGAACAAGAGGGAGACUCUGCGGGGAGUCCAUCGAAGCAACGACACAGAGGUGCACAGAAAGGAGAAGGAGAACAGGAACCUGCAGCGGGAGCUGCAAGCCGAGAAGGCGAAACUAAACAGCACCAUUAUCAAAUACCAGAAGGACCUGAUGGACAUGCAGGCGGUUAUAGCUGAAGAGAACAACAUGCGUCUGGAGCUGCAGAUGGCAUUGGACAGUAAAGACAGCGACAUCGAGCAGCUCCGGUGCCAGAUCUCCUCGCUCAGCAUCCACUCUCUGGACUCCACCAGCAUCGGCAGCGGCAACGACUUGGACGUGGGCGACGGGUUCCCGGUGCGCAUUACCCACUCUAGCACCUCAGAAUCAAUGUCCUUCACCUACCAGCGCACGCAGAAAUCUGUCUGCAUUGACACGCGGCCCAACCUCCGCUCGGCCCGUUGUCUCUUUGAGUCUGACUCUGACUCGGAGGACGAAGAUGAGCUCGAUGGGCCAGAGGAGCAAAGCCAGAGACCCCUGGCCCUCACCUAUGAACGGUCCCCUGAGCCUGAACCUGGAGACUCCAGACUGGAGGGAUGGAUCUCACUUCCUACCAAGAACACCAAGCGGUUUGGCUGGGACAAAAAAUAUGUAGUGGUGAGCAGUAAGAAAAUUCUCUUCUACCACAGUGAUCUCGACAGAGAGCAAGCCAAUCCUUUUAUGACUCUGGAAAUAGACAAGCUGUUUCAUGUCCGACCUGUCACUCAAACCGAUGUGUACCACGCAGAUCCUAAAGAAAUUCCAAGGAUAUUCCAGAUCUUGUAUGCCAACGAAGGCGAGAGCAAACGCGACCAGGAAGUCAUAGUGGACCCCACACCUAACAGCGAACGCGCAUCCUACAUCAGCCACAAGGGCCACGAGUUCAUCCUCACCCUCUACCACUUCCCCUCCAGCUGUGAUGCCUGCACGCGGCCCCUGUGGAACGUCUUCAGGCCCCCGCCGGCCCUCGAGUGCCGCCGCUGCCACGCCAAGUGCCACAAAGACCACCUGGACAGAAAGGAAGAGGUCAUAGUGCCAUGCAAGGUGAGCUAUGACAUGUCCACGGCCAAAGAGCUGCUGCUACUGACCACAUCUCAGAGGGAGCAGCAGCGCUGGGUCUCUCACCUUCUCAAGCGGAUCCCGAGGAAGCACCCCACACUGAGUCCUCCCUCUGCGGCAAAGACCAGCUCUCAGGAAUCAACGUCUCGCUUGUCUCCGCGAGUGUCGCCACGGUCUUCACCCAGGAACUCUCCUCAUUUGUCAUCCCAUCGCGGCGCCAUCAAGAUCCACCCCAGCAGACAUCAACAGUCAUCUGGGAAGUCGAGUUAA